UUUCCAUAUCCCUAUCCCUAUUUUUUCCCCCAAAAACUUCCCCAUAAAUCCACUAAAUCAUUAACGGCCCUUCCUUUCAAAAUACCGUUGCUCCCCAAUUUGGUAAACUCAGACACAAAGCUUAAUUGCCGCCAAAGAUGGAGUUACAAGGGCACAGAGGUUCCAAUAAUCCCAAAGCGAUUCUUUCUUCUCUACUGAACAAGAGAGAAAAACUUCAAUACGAGCUCAAAAGUGUCGAGAAGCAGGGCUUUGAUGGAUUUGUUUCUUCUUCAAAAAACACAGCUAACAUAAAGAGGUCGAAAAGGUUUCAGCUUGAAGAUAGAGUGUUCUCAUUGUCCUCGGCCACCUCACCAGCGGCAGAGGAGCUAAGAGUUGGCAAAGAAGAUGGAAAGGCAGACAUGACUCAAGUUAGGCCGAAGGGCGGAGGCUUGGCAAAUGUGGCACAGGGAAAGCAGAAGAAAGGAAGAACGGGGCAAAGGGAAGUGAAAAAAAUCAGGUUCACAAGCAACUUAGAUCGCGAGGAUGAAGAUGACCCCGAUUUGAGGUAGUUCAUUUGCUUGAUAUUCUUUCCAAAAGCUAGUUUGCUCAGUAGUUAUUUUGGUAAAAAUAUUUUAUUAAUUUGAACUGGUGAUGUCGUUCUUAGCAAAAAUGUGUUGUGCUUUAGCUAGUGCUUUUUAGGAUUAUUUUUUUAUAAUGUAGUUGAGUUAUGGCUGCACAAUAAUGGUAGGCGUGAGAUUGGUUGUUGAAGUGUUGUUGUCUUUGGUUCCUCAAAUUUACCUUCCUUUAGCUCUCUAGAGAGUUUAAGAUUUAGAUCGUUCUCUUCCAUUUCUGGAAUUAGAAAGUAACAAAAACUGAAGACAGG